AUGAACAGGUGUGACUCUAAGAGAUCAAGUUAUCGAUACCUGCAAAAGCUUUUUCUGGGCUCCCUGCUAAUAUUCUCUGGGACUUUCUUGGUGAGAUACGUGUCCAACCAAUGUUCUCUGAUAGACAUUCAAAGCGAGGUGGACAGCGCCAAAAGUCAACAGUGCAAGCAUGAGAUGUAUUCUUUCAUUCACCUAAAACGAGAAACUGAAGGUAAGGUGAACUGCUCCAAAAUUAUUAAAGGAGAUCAGAAUUCUAUAGACCAAGCUCUAAUAUUUAAUUUGGCUAGAAAGAAAGAUGCAGCUCGUUUAGAUGAACUAAGCUAUUUGAAUUUGACCAAAGACUGUACACAAUUCAAGAUCUUGAGAAGAUAUGUCGCUUUUCCAACAAGUAGUGAAGAAAAAGAUUUCCCCAUUGCAUAUUCCAUGGUGGUCCAUGAUCAGAUUGGGAUGUUUGAACGUCUCCUGAGAGCCGUUUAUGCUCCUCAGAAUGUUUACUGUGUCCAUGUGGACGCCAAGGCUCCCGAUAAUUUCAAAGAAGCAGUGAGAUCCAUCGCGAAUUGCUUUGAUAACGUGUUUGUGGCUUCCAAGCUGGAGAAGGUGGUCUACGCAUCUUGGUCCAGAGUUCAAGCUGACCUCAACUGUAUGGAGGAUCUUCUCCAGAGCAAGGUUCAGUGGAGGUAUCUCCUAAACACCUGUGGCACUGACUUCCCACUCAAGACCAAUGCCGAGAUGGUUAAAGUACUCAAGGUUCUAAACGGGAAAAACAAUAUGGAAUCUGAGACCCCUUCAAGUUAUAAACAGAACAGGUGGAAGUUUCACCACGAAGUGAAAGAUUAUGUAUCUCAGACCAAGGUUCUGAAGUCACCUCCACCCAUUGACACGCCAAUGUUUUCAGGUAACGCUUAUUUUGUGGUCUCCAGAGAAUUUGUGAAAUACAUUUUCGAAGAACCAAAAGUUCAAAAGUUAAUGAACUGGAGCAGAGACACUUACAGUCCCGAUGAACAUCUGUGGGCUACCCUGAAUAGAAUGCCAGGUGUUCCAGGAUCUUCCCUUCCUAAUUCUAAGUAUGCAUUAUCUGACAUGAAUGCUUUGCCUAGGAUGGUGAAAUGGGUGUACAACGAAGGGGACAUACAUAAAGGAAACGCAUACCCCAAAUGUGAAGGUGUUCACAGAAGAGCUGUAUGUGUGUAUGGAACUGGAGAUCUCAACUGGUUAAUGCAACAACAUCACUUGUUUGCUAACAAAUUUGACCCCGAAGUAGACGAUGUUGCCAUCCAAUGCAUAGAAGAAUAUUUAAGAUACAAAACUAUUUAUAAAAAAGACCUCUGAUGGGGGCAAACAAUCUAAAAUAAACUCUGCAGCAGGUAAAAUUCAAAGGAGUGCAACUUUCUUGCCUUUUUUCAUGACUGUAAUUUACUAAUGGAAAACGAAAUUUGGGUCUGCUAAUUUAAACUGGAAAUUGUACCCAUUAGCAGAACCAAGCUUUGGGGAUUUUCUAGUAUAUUGCAACACAUGCAAUAUAUGUCAAACACAAAAUCAGACAAUUUCUU